AUGCCAAAAAUAGUUGAGGAAUAUAAUACCCACAUGGGUGGUGUUGACUUAUCUGACAUGUUGGUGGCGUUAUAUAGAACUGGACUAAAAACACAUAAAUGGUAUAUGGCUGUAUUUUCCCAAUUACUUGACAUUUGUGUCAAUAAUGCCUGGUUGACUUAUCGAAGAGACUGUAUCCAAUUGAAAGAAAAAAAGAUUAUGCGCUUAAAAGAGUUUCGAAUACAUGUGGCCAUAGCACUAUCUGCAAAAGAAAAACCUAAAGUGGGUAAAAAACCUAAUAAAAAUAAUCAUAUGGAACAUAUUCAAAAAAUCAGACGAACUGUGAUUCCUAGACCUAUCAGUGAUGUAAAAUUCGAUAGAUUUGAUCAUUUUCCAACGCGUACAUCAAAAGGUCGAUGUCGACAUUGUAAAAAAGGUCAGACAGUCUACAUUUGUACAAAAUGUGAUACACGUUUAUGUACACUCAAAAAAAGAGACUGUUUUAAUGAUUUUCAUACCAAAAAUAAAUAA